ACACAUCCUCGAGACACGUUCUCAGACAAAGAGAAGAUAGAUUAGAAAUCCAAAAGGGGCUUAGAAGAAAAAGAGAGAAGGAGAAAGAGAGUUGCUGACAAUGAGUGUGUAUAGGGAUAAGCGGUAUGUCGCUGGCGCAUUGCGCUUCCUCGAUGGAGGGCACCGGCAACGACAAGCAGAACGAGUCGGACGAGUGCGACGUAAACGGGGACAAUAGGAAGCAGGACGACGACGAUUCGACCGGGCAGGAGGACGUCGAUCGGAAGAUGAAGGCGGAGGACAAACGUGAGUCUCUAGAGAACAUGAAUUUGAAGAACGAGAUGAAGACGCUGAAGAAGACGCUGUCGGCCGACGAUGAAGAGGCCGACGAGGAGGACGAGGGCAGCAAGGAGUCCGCCGACGAGGAGGAGCGCAAGGAAACGCAACCAGGUAGCGAAAAGAAGGAACAGGAGUCGUCCAGCGACAGCACCUCUACCAGCACCACCGACGACGAGUCUGAGACCAGUUCGGAAGACAAGACGGAGCCGUCUAAGCCGGAAACGGCCCAGACGACGCAAACGGAAGCGACUUCACGAGAAGAAUCGAAGGAGAGCACGUCCAAGAACGAGGACACAACGGACGACAGCGAUAUCGAGGAUGAUUUGGUCUCGGCGAUCAAUUACAACACAAUCACCUCUUUGGCGGCGCUCAAAGAUAUGUUACAGUCCUCCGGGGAGGACUCCGACGGUGUGGAUAGUUUUUUUCACCAUUACUUCCUGUCGCACGUAAACCGGCUGCCGUCGAGGAACCAGACACAUAGUCCAUAUCCCUGGGGCAGGAGAUUGUCAGAGUGUCGAGAAGAGGACGAGUACGAGACUGAGGAAGGGAAGAACGUUGAUAGCCCGAGCGUUGAUAGCAAAAAGGAUACAUCGAAGACACAAGUUGAAAAAACGGACAGCGUCUCCUCUAAGACAUCGAAGGCAUCGAGUCCGUCAUCUUCGGAGAAUUCUAGUUCGGAGAAGAUCGACGAGAAGUCUCUAGCGACGUCCAGCGUGUCAGAUGCGAAACCACCAUCACCGUCGUUAACAGCGACAACGACGACGACGAUGACGACGACGCCGACGACAACGACGAUAACGUCGACGUCGACGUCGACGUCGACGACGGGCGCAACUGUGGCGACGACGACAGUCGCGACAUCGGUUUCCGGUAGAUUUACAACAUCUACCGUGACGUCGCCAACGUCGACGACAAAGCCUCCACUACGAAGGCGGCAUACCACUGGCCCAGGCAUGACCUUCCCCGCUACGGAUCCCCCUUCGUAUUCCACCAGCAUGACCUUCUCGAGGACCAGUCCGUUGCCCAGCCCGCAUUUCGACAAACGGUUCUUUGAUAGUAGCUUGAUCGAGAUGAAAAGUCAGGCAAGCAGCACCAGCACUCUCGAUUAUGAUUCCACGGAGGAGGUGUGGGUGCGCAGGAUGGAUCUCCUGCAAGAGAGGAAACGACGGGAGCUUGGUUCGCAACCACUACCAACGAUCGUAACCGAGGAUACGGAUAAUUCUGGACAUGUUUCUCAAGGUCACAGGCCACGAGCAGAUACAUGGGGGUCGCACUCAAAAACUAUCAGAAAGUCAUCUUACGGGAGCGCACCUAAUUCUGGAAAAUCUACACCGCUUCCACAGCCGGCAGAACCGUCGAGUUCGUCGAGUUCUGGCAAGGGCGGCCGAAAAACUUCCGGUACUCGGUCCGGUUCUACCAGUCGCAGUAAUAGUCGCAGUAAUAGCGCGGAACGUCGAAGAAGUGGCGGUGGUACGGAUGACACUGCUAGCCCUACGAGAAAGCCGGCGCUCUUCGAUGCUUUUAGGCCGAGAAGCAAGUCAGACGCCAGCAAGAGGAAACCCAGUAUUAUAGCUAAUAUGAAAAGUGCCGUUCAGCAUUCCUUGCAUAGAGGAUCGCAUGGAAGCUCAUCGGUGGAUGUAAAUACAGAAAAGGAGCAUCACAGAGAAAGCCAGAAGGAACAAAAGGAAAAUAGAGAUCAAGGAAGCGGUCGGCCUAGAGCUGGAUCGGAGAGCAGCAGGAAUCCUGUAAGCAAAGUCAUGGAUCUCAUUAGGCACAGGAGCCACAGUGCCUUGAGCGCGGAAGACAAGAGAAAAGCGCGAGCGGCGGUGCAGCACCAAUCACAAGUAGCGUCGCAGAGUGCAUAUAGAAGAAGUUCAUUAGAUCCAACGGCACGGAGAUUAUCCCUCGGAGCACCCGCGAUACCUCAUCGAGCAUCCGAUGCUUGCCUGGAUCCGGUUCACGCUGCCAUACUCUUCAGGGACGCACGAGGGUUGCCGGUGGUGGAUCCCUUCCUAGAGAAAGUCUCAUUGUCCGAUCUUGAGGAGGACGAGUCGCAGAUCUUCGUCAAGUUCUUCAAGUUCCACAAAUGCUACGACCUAAUACCGACCAGUGCCAAGCUGGUCGUCUUUGACACUCAUCUACUCGUUAAAAAGGCCUUCUUCGCUCUCGUCUAUAAUGGGGUGAGGGCCGCACCGUUGUGGGACAGUUCCCGGCAGCAGUUCGUUGGCAUGCUGACUAUAACGGAUUUCAUAAAAAUACUACAGAUGUAUUAUACCAGUCCGUCGGUGACAAUGGACGAGUUAGAAGAGCACGAAUUAGAUACAUGGAGAAAGGUCUUAAAGGAUCAAGUCCACCCUCUUGUAAGCAUUGGGCCGGACGCGUCGUUAUACGAGGCUAUCAGGACCUUAAUACAAAACAGAAUUCACCGAUUGCCUGUGAUAGAUCCCGAUACCGGAAACGUCCUUUAUAUCUUGACGCAUAAGCGAAUACUUAGGUUUCUUUUUCUAUAUAUCCACGAGUUACCGAAACCAUCUUUCACCAACAAAACGCUGAGAGAGUUAAGGAUAGGUACUUUCGAGAAUAUAGAAACAGCUACGGAAGAAACUAGCAUAAUUUUAGCGCUGAAAAAAUUCGUGGAAAGGAGAGUUUCAGCCUUGCCGAUUGUCGACUCCGAGGGGAAGUUAGUGAACAUCUAUUCAAAGUUUGAUGUCAUUAACUUAGCAGCAGAAAAGACAUAUAACAAUCUAGACGUUUCGCUGCGCGAAGCAAAUGAGCAUCGUAAUGAAUGGUUCGAAGGUGUUCAGAGUUGCAAAUUAGAUGAGACAUUGUUUACUAUAAUGGAAAGAAUCGUCAGAGCGGAGGUGCAUAGGCUAGUAGUGAUCGAUGAUGAUGAUAAAGUGAUCGGUAUAAUAUCCCUCUCCGAUUUGCUCUUCUACCUCGUUCUUAGGCCUUGUGGUGAGGAUGGCAGUAGCAAUAAAGGUAGUUCUAUAUCAUUGCGAGCGCAAGAUUCUCUGCUGUCGAAGGCUCCUAGCUCCGCGCAGUCGGAAGCAUCGCUCGCCGACGGCGAAACUGAGCAAGAUGUCGCGGAGACGACGGAUCGCAAUCAGUCUGAAGAAGCGCCGGCGACACCUAGUCCACCGCUGAGCCCAGUCACGUCGGACAUUUCGGAACCUCAGUCGACACUAGUGAAUCAAACUCAAGAGGCGACGUGGCGGGACGUGAUAAACAUUUGUGUCUCGGGCGUUUCGGGUGGGGAAUGAGACGUUGCCGUUUUCACGUGCCGCCAUGCACGGAUUUAGACUCCGAACUGUAUUGACCGCUGUUUUUAAUCGCAGCGGCGGACGAAUAACAUAACGACUGCAUAUUUGUACAUCCUUUGUUGUUAUAGCUCGUGGUUCUCCGCGAGUUCGCAAGUUAAUCAAUGAUACGCGCCGCAGGAGAGGAGGAGCAGGAUGUCCCGUUUGAGAGAUAUUAGAUGUGGCGCGUUAGAAGUUCGCUGAACGUGACGUUAUGAUGAAAUAAACACGAUGCAACAGAGAAGUUCGCUGAACGUGACGUUAUGAUAAAAUAAAUACGAUGCUCUGUAUAGUGUAUAAAAUCACUUAAGCUUAAUUUUUUAUGGUACAAACGCUACACAGUCACGCAUUAGACGUUCGAGCUUUUCGCCAAGGACAGUAGGUAGCUGCGUCAUUAUUUGCUCAGAAUGCGAUUCUCCGCGCCCUUCUAUAAUCGAGCAUGAUCGGGAAAGAAAUGACGAAUUUUGAAGAAACGAACUUUUUUUGGAGAUAUGACAAAAUCUUGGAGAGAAAGGAUGUUUUCCAAUAAGAAAGUUGACACCAGUGAAUCGUUACAACUUUGUUGUUUGCCAAUGUUAAAUAAAAAAAGAUGAAAUAAUUCACUGUUAUACUGUCAUUUGUCUUGUUGAAAAAUAUCUAAAAUCGCAACUUAAUCAUGAUUAUAUAUAUUCUUUAUGCAAAUUGUAUUCACCCUUUGUGAAAUG